AUGGAUAUCAAGAGCUUCUUAGAGCUGGAGGCCGCCUCGAGCUCGGAGGAUUCGCUCGACCUCCGCAGCCUCGAUCUCGUUUCGAGUUAUGAUUCCCACUUGAUGUGUCCAAUAUGCCACUGUCCGUUCGUGCAACCCGUACGCUUAGACUGCGAUCACGUCUUUUGUCAACAGUGUCUCGGGUCUGCAAUCAUCACCUUCCGCUCGGCCGACGCGAACGAGUUUCCCUGCCCCUCUUGCCGGACCCCCACAACCCGAAUAUCGAUGAGUGUCCCUCGUUUGCUGGUCAACAUGUGCGACGAGAUACAGGUGCGGUGUCCCUCGGCGGAGGCAGGGUGUGAAGAGGUAUUGCCUCGAGGGCAUGUCCAGUCGCAUGUGCAGAAAUACUGUGGCUUUCGGCUGGUCCCGUGCCCCGAUGAGUCGUGCGGAAAGAUGCUCCGCCAAAAGGACCUCCAAACAGAUGGACGCUGUUUGCAUGGUUAUUGCCGCUGCGAGCGUUGCAGUGAAGACGUGAUGGAGCGGGAUUUCGAAGACCAUGACAAGGUUCUCUGUCCCAGCUUAGAAGCAACAUGCAAUGACUGCGGAUCGACAAUGAGACGACAAGAAUUAACAAAGCAUGCUGAGACCUGCUCAGAGGUAUCAAUACCCUGCGCAGCAUCACAAUAUGGAUGCAAAUCGAAAGUACGAAGGGUGGACAUUGGGACUCACGAAGCGCAGUGUCCGUUGAUAUCAAUCGGGCCAUAUCUUGAAGCGCAAAACACACGGCUCAAGCAAUUAGAACUGACCACCCGGCACCUCCAACAACGUAAUGAGAUAUUUGAGGAUGGAAUGGCGAGCAUCCGAGCUUCCCUUGCCGAGUCUGCCCGAGCUGGCAAUGGCGCAAGGUCUACGCAGGGCGGCGACAGAGACCGUGCUCGUACCGAAGUGGACGAGUCAACCGAAAUGGCAAACGCCUUUUCCUCUCACACAACUCAAUACCUGCUCUCGCUUCACGAAUCUCUGCGUGAAGAAGUUAACCAAAUGUCUCACGCCCUCACAGAUCUCGACACUCGCGCUAGUAUGACCAUUAUGAAUGAAUGUCUUCGUAUCAAGGAAGACAUGGCCCACACAAACGCAGCGCUCAAUAGCGUCCGUAUGCAAGUGCAAUGGCUCAUGAAUCCUCGGCUUCACAACGGAAAUCGAGCCAACGUGAUGCGAGCCAAUUCCACCAGCAAUGAUUCCUCCCGGACAUCCUUGACCUCCACCUCUGUACCGGGUCCAAGCAGCAACGGUGCAUCUUCAAUCCUAGGGUCCCUUCGACCACGAAGACCUAGCGACAGUGGUCGAGAGGGGACGAAAUUGUGA